AAUUGGACCCCAAUCCGGAAGUUCCAGAUUUGAGAAUUCAAAUUUAUGCUUUUCCGCCAUUAGAGUAGAGAGAGGUGAGGGGGGAGAGAGAGAGAGAGAGAGAGACAUGAACAGUCCACCGCCGUGCCCCAACACGGUGACUGUCCGGCGAAACCCUCCCCGGAAAGCGAGAGCCACCCCAUCCACCACCCACAUCCCUUUCCCUCUUCGAAAUACUCCCUCCUCCUCCUCAAUCCCACAAGACAUCCCUUCUUUCCCAAUUCAAGACAUUCUAUCUAUACACGUCCCUGAAAACCCUAAAUCCGAUCCACCCAUUUCAGAAUCACCGUCUACAAACGAUCCUCCACUUUCGGAGAAUCUGAAAGUUUUCCUGAGAAUCCGACCCCUCACUCCUCACCACCAAAACUCGGACAAGUACGCCAAGAAUGCUAGCAAGUCAAGGAGUAAAAUUGCUUGGCCUCAAAACCCUACUGCGAAGACUAAUUCUAGGGCAGGAAAGUCGAAGAAAAUGAGUGAGAUUUGUAUUUCAGUUAACGAUUCUCGUUCGGUUACGCUGUGUCCCCCAAAGGCAUUGCAAGAUGCCAAACGAAUCAAGUCUGAAGUCUAUCAAGGGUUUUCGCAUGUCUUUUCUGCUGAUUCCUCUCAGGAUGAGGUAUUUGCAAAAAUGGUGAAUCCAUUGGUUGAUGACUUUAUCAAGGGUAAGAGUGGAAUGUUGGCUGCGUUAGGGCCUAGUGGUUCGGGCAAGACACAUACUGUUUUUGGGUCUCCUAGGGAGCCUGGUAUGGUGUCUCUUGCUUUGCGUAAGAUCUUUUCAAGUACCGAGGGCCGCAAAAUUGAGUUAUCGAGGAUAUUCUACCUAUCAAUGUUCGAAAUAUGUUCAGAGGGAGGAAAAGCAGAGAGGAUAAUUGAUUUAUCCGAAGAUGUUGGUGAUUUAAGCAUACAGCAAUCAACUAUCAAACGCCUCCACGAGGUCAGCAUCUCUGAUGUUCAACAGGCUGAAUCUUUAAUUGCUCGUGGAAUGUUAAAACGAGCCACAGCUAUGACAAAUUCAAAUAGUCAGUCCAGCCGUUCGCAGUGCAUCAUCAACAUCCGUAGCGCUCCCAACAAGAUUAACGAAGAAGUUGAUCUUCAAUCAGACAGUGUUGUCUUGACUAUCGUUGACCUUGCUGGAGCAGAAAGAGAAAAGAGAACAGGGAAUCAGGUAACACAUUGGAGGACUAGAUCAUGUAACAAGGGGAAGUUCAUGCAUUUUACCAAUGGGGCUAGAUUGCUUGAGAGUAAUUUUAUCAACAACACAUCAAUGGUUUUUGGUCUGUGCUUGAGAUCAUUGUUGGAGCAUCAGAAGAAUCCCAAGAAGCCAUUGCAAAAGCACUUCCAAAGCUCUUUGUUAACUCGGUAUUUACGAGAUUACUUGGAAGGCAAAAAGCGAAUGGCUUUGAUUUUAACUGUGAAAUCGGGAGAGGAAGACUAUCUUGAUUCAUCCUUUCUACUAAGACAGGCUUCACCUUAUAUGCAAAUCAAGUUUAAUAAUGUCGAACAACCGUUGAAUUCGCUUUGUACUAAGAGGCAUUUUCAGACUUUGCCUAGAACAGAACAACUCAAGAGAAUGAAGCUUACUUGCCUUGAAGCAUGUUCGACCACUGGGGGGAAGGGUACUGGAGAAGAAUGUGAAGUUGAUAAAGAAGAAACCCUUCCACAAGAGGUCAAGGAGGUUAAACCUCAGAUAUGUUCAGAUCAUCUGGCAACAACUAUUAAUUGGGAAGUAAAUGACGGUACAUCCCUUGAGGAAGGGUCCACUGAAUUGGCAAAAGAAAGAACAAACAAGAUUAUGCAAAAUUUUGCUAAAGCUUUAUGGAAUGUCUUGAAGCAAUAUAAGGGGAAACUUGAGGUAGCUGAAAAUCAAAUUCAGAGUCUCAGAGAAAACCUUGCCAAUGAAAAGGCAAGGCGUUCUGAGCUUGAAACUGAAUUGAAGAAUUUAAAGUCUUCCCUUUUAUGUCAGAAAGAAGUUUCUUUGAUUAAAGAGGAUGAAUCCGAUGGCAAUAGAUCUGCAGACCAGGAAGCAUGUCAGCCUAAUAAUGUUGAUGAGAAAGACGAUUCUUUGAUUAAAGAGGAUGAAUCUUGUGCCAAAAGAUCUGCAGAGCGGGAAGGAUGUCAGGCUAAUAAUGUCGAUGAGUUAAAUGCAGUAGUUUCUUCAUUAAACCUGGAUGAAUCAGAGCACAAUGCCAGUGAACAAAGAUCCGAUAACUCUGAUACCAAUGUGAAUAAUUUUGGUGUGGUCAUUGCUUCAUCCCUUGCCGUUGAAACCUUUGAAGAGCAGAGCUGUCAGUGCACUGAUCAGGAAUGUGAAGGCUUUCCUGGUAGUAUUGACAGUGGUGAAGAUUCGAAGGACUUAAAAGAUACGGGAAUAGACAAUGUUCAAUUCAAUGGCAAUGCAUCAGAUUCAGGAUCCUCCGAGUCUGUGGUGAGCUCUCCUAAGUCGCUUGUCGUAAUUACGAACGAUAGUUGUUCCUCAGUGGAGGGGUACCAAUCACAUAAUGACGAGUACAAGAAAAGACUGGAUCAGGCAACAAUGCCAGAGGAAGAUGUAGAAUUAGCCCCAAGAUGUGAUGUCACUAGUGCUCCAAAAAGUGAGCCAAAGCUUAAUUCUUGCUGCAAACCUUUGAAUGCAGAGAAACCCAAAAGGAGACUUCUACCUGCUUCAUCCAUUUUAUUAACCAAUAUCAGUAGUCUGGAUUUUGAGGAUGAGAAUGACAAACCAAAGGAUCCAUUUCUUCAGUGGCAGAUGGAGGAAUUGCAACUAGGAGGGGCCAAACUAUGUGCUAAAAAUUGACAGGAACUAGACGAGAAAUGAAGUUGGCUUUAGAUGAAAGAAACAGAACUCAGGGUAGCAUCUCUCUCCUCCGUAUGCUCACGAGCAACCUUCGUCUCUAGUAAAGCCACUUCCUAUUUUUCUAUUGAUUUUCAGUGUAGUUUGGACAUUUUGUUUUGUUGGUAUCCCAUAGUUUACGGUUUGAGAAUGAAAGAAAAUAUUUGUGACUUUCUAACAGAAGGCAUUUGUGAGUGAUGUUUGUGAAAGAACAGUUGUACAAGUCAUGUGCCUUUCAUGCCCUUUUGUAAGUCACAUCCUGUGCCUUCUUAUUUGAGCCCAGGGCUCCAUGUGUUAGCUUUUUAAGAUGAAGUUGUAAAGGACAGUUGUGCAGCUCAAUUUAAUAGAAGGCACAGAUAAAGUAGCCCAGGGUUUAUUAAGGGUGUUGAGACAA